AAUGUGAACAGGCCUCGUUUGCCUCGUGGCCUGAGUCUACCCCCAAAACGGCCCGGAAGGGGUGCGGGUGCCCACGAGCCUGGGCACGAGAGGACUGAAAAGACGAUGGGGUGGACGUGGUUGGGACGGCGAGUUCCCCCGGCCUGGGUAUCUGGAGUCUAGGGUUCUGGGAUUUCCACCCUGCGCGACCUUGGACAAAUAACUCCUUCUCUCUGGGUCUUAGUUUUUCUACUGCAAAUGGGAGAGCCGCUGGAUUCCUCCCUCCUUUGACAGUUCAAGCACUGGCGAGUCCGAGGGAGUGGAUUCCAAACCGCUGCAGCUGGCCCUGGCCAGUACCGGCUUGCCACUCUGGGAAUUGGCCAUCUGUCUCUUAACCCGUUUGCCGUCCUUCUCAGCGACUUUCUUGGUGUGAGUCAGUGAUCAGUGACCAGACAGUCCAAGAAUCAGGCCAGGUAAACUGUGCCAUCAGAAUCAGCAAAGAUAAGCACCGGCCUUCGAAACCUUAAUGCCAUUCGUGUUGGUUUGCUCACGGCUUCCUAGGGACCCACUGCAGUAAGAGAUUUUAUUUUUUGUGCCUGGCAGAACCCUUUGGCCUCAAACCUGUUUUAAAUCGAAUAGAUAAGCCAGAUACGGCAUUGCCAUAAACCUUCGGCCCAUAUUUAAAUGGGAAGGCAGCUGGCCUGGAUAUCUGGAACUUUUUAGGCUCCUAUUACUGAAUCUCUUGUCACUGGACAUAAGGAAUACUCUGGUGGCUCUAGAACUAGUCAGUUCCACAGAAUAACCACACAGCAGACAUGUUUGCGAAACUGAAGAAGAAAAUUGCAGAAGAGACUGCUGUUUCUCAGAGACCAGGAGGAGCGACUAGGCUCCCCAGGACAGUGAGCAAGGAAUCCGUUGCCUCCAUGGGAGCAGACUCAGGAGAUGACUUUGCUUCCGAUGGAAGUAGCUCCAGAGAAGAUCUUUCAUCCCAGCUUUUAAGAAGAAAUGAGCAGAUACGGAAGUUAGAGGCCAGACUUUCUGACUAUGCUGAGCAGGUCCGAAAUCAUCAGAAGAUAAAAGAGAAGCUUGAAAUUGCAUUAGAAAAACACCAGGAUUUUUCCAUGCGGAAAUUUCAAGAGCAGAAUGAGACAUUCCAAGCCAACAGAGCCAAAAUGGCAGAAGGGCUGACUUUGGCAUUAGCCAGAAAGGACCAGGAAUGGUCAGAAAAGGUGGAUCAGCUUGAAAAGGAAAAAAGGUUUCUGACAGCUCAGCUACAAGAAAUGCAGAACCAGAGUUUGAAUCUUUUCCAAAAGAGAGAUGAAAUGGAUGAGUUAAAGGGCUUCCAGCAGCAGGAACUGAGUAAAGUAAAGCACCUGCUUUUGAAAAAAGAAGAAAGUUUGGGGAAAAUGGAGCAGGAGUUGGAGGCACAAACCAGAGAACUUAGUCACACCCAAGAGGAGUUGAUGAUCUCCAAUCAGAUGUCUUCAGACUUGAGGCAGAAGUUAGAAGAAUUGCAGAGACGCUGCUCAGCGCUGGAAGAGCAGAGAGAUCAUGUGACCGCUUCAAAAACAGGUGCGGAAAAUAAGAUCACAGCGUUGGAGCACAAGGAACGUGAGCUCCAAGCGUUUAUUCAGCAGCUUUCCACUGACUUGCAAAGGGUCACUGCUGAAGCUCAAGAGAAAGAUAAACUCAUCACGCAUUUGCAGGAGAAGGUCAAGUCCUUGGAGAAGCAGCUGGAACAGAACCUCUCAGGGGAAGAACGUGCACAGGAACUGCUGAAAGAGAAGACAGCAGCCGAGCACACGUUGGAGAGUACCAGACAGCAGCUUCUGGCAGCCAGGAGCAUGCAGGCCCCGGCUGUUGGCAUCCUGGAAACUCAGGUGAAAGAACUGGAGCAGGCUGUGCAGGCCUCUGAAGAGGAGCUGAAGCAGAGCAGGGGCAUCAUCGCUUCGCAGGAGGCUCAGAUCCAGGCGCUUUUGUCCCCGGUAUUCCUGCAGUCCAGCGCAAACGAGGAGAUCCGAUGUGCACAGCAGCAGGCUCUCACUGUGCAGCAGCAGUGCACUGAGCGUGUCUACACCUUGGAAGCCCAGAUUGCAGCUUUGGAGGGUGCUCGGGGGGCUGCCGAGACUGCCACAGAGCACAAGACGAGAGCACUGCAGCAAGAAAAUAGAGCCCUUUCCCAAAGUAGGGAUGAAUGUGAACGUUCUUUACAGCAUCACCAGCUGGAACUACAGAAGCUGAAGGAAGAAUGGAGCCAACGAGAAAUUGUCAGCGUGGCAAUGGCUCAAGCUCUGGAGGAGGUGCGGAAAGGAAGGGAAGAGCUCCAGCAGCAGGCUGCCAAUCUGACAGCACUCAACGAGGUGCAGGAACAGCGUCUGCAGGAGAAAACAGAAGUGAUUCUUCAGAAGGAGCAGGAGAUUGUUCAGCUGAAGCAAGGUCAUGACUCUGCCCUGCUGCAGAUGCGCCAGCUGCAGAGCGAGCUGGAGGCUUUGAGGAACCUGAGGGCCGAGGAGCCUGUUGAGGAGCAGGGACUGGCACUCGCAGUCAGCGAGUCUCACGUAACCCUGAAAGCCAGGAAGGACCGCAAGUACCAGUUUUCCGCUGCAGAGGGAACCCCAAAUGGCAAGGUGGGGACCAUGGAUCUAGGGCAACUACAGAAGGAGAAACAGGGCUUGGAGCAACAACUUACCGAAAAAAACAAGAUCAUAAAGCAGAUGCAGCAGAGGAUGCUGGAACUCAAGAAGACUCUGCAGAAGGAACUGAAAAUCAGGCCCGAUAAUGAACUUUUUGAGGUCCGAGAGAAGCCUGGGCCCGAGAUGGCAAGCCUGGCUCCGUCUGUCACCAGUACUGCCGACCUGACUGACGCUCGAGAAAUCAACUUUGAGUACCUGAAACAUGUUGUUCUGAAAUUCAUGUCCUGCCGAGAAUCCGAGGCCUUUCAUCUUAUAAAAGCCGUGUCGGUGUUGCUCAACUUCUCGCCAGAGGAAGAGAACAUGCUGAAGGAAACCCUGGAGUAUAAGAUGUCAUGGUUUGGAUCCAAACCAGCUCCCAAGGGCAGCAUCCGGCCAUCUAUCUCCAACCCUCGGAUACCAUGGUCCUAGAGGGCGCCUGCCAAAGAUGAAGCUCCACAGCUUGACACAGUCUCUUGAAAAAGAACGCUGACAGAGCAGUCGGGUGGGUUUUAAUCACCGUAUCUGCAGUAUUUUGUACAAGCACCUACACAUUGUUUACAAGACAUAAGGCCCACUUCCCUGCAAACUGACAUGAACCUCAGGAGGGAGCAGGAGCUGUCCUCCUGGUCCCCAAAUCAGAGGGCGCCAGCACUACCCAGAUUGCCACAGUGCUGCCACUAUCCCAGCUCGGCACCCAUCUGCACUAAAGCUCAAAUUGUCAGCCUCCGUCAGCCAGUGCACCCUGAUGUGAUGUUGCUGAAGGAAGAGGCAGCUCCUGGGAGUGGCGCCUGGCAGGCCAAACCCACCUGCUUCUGCUGCACACCUCCAACUCCCCAGGGGGGUGUGCUUUAAGCCCUCUUCCCUGGUAACGUGUGGGUUCAAAUGAAUGAGAAGAGGCAUCUUCCCCAUUCCUCUCCAGCAAACACUGCUCCACCUUGUUUCUGAAACCACCUAGAACUUGAGAGGUAUGUGGCUGGACAGCACCUGGGGCUAGCACAGAAUAAUGAACUUGUAGCUUUCCUCUGGCACCUGCAAGCUCGCAAUCGAGAGAUCGUAAGGGUAGUACCAAAUACACUCAAUUGCCUUUUUAAUGAAUGUACCGUCUUGGAUAGGUUGCUGGUAAACCAUUUUAAACUAUUUUUUAUAGCUGAAGUUCUUCACUGUUGUGAACAUGUCUGUAUUAUAAAAUCUAUGUAACGGGCGUUCUUAAAGGGAGAUCCGAGCAUCCAGAGGACAUGAUUUCUACAAUUAGGAUUCCUGUCCCUGAGUAGCAUCACUAGCUUUCUGUGGCAUCCGCUUCUCUCUGAAGAAGUGGUGGUAUUUUGUUUGCUUUGCUCCUAAUUCUGUGUGGUACAAACACUGAGCAAAUGCUAAGCACAUUUUUUCUACUGCUAAAAGACAGUUCGGCAUAUUCAAAAGACGCCACUGCUGGCCCUCCCCCAGCCACAACCAAACACUGGAAGUAGUGGGCUUGUCCGUGGAGCCACCCUCGCUCUCCCUACUGUCCCCUAGGCAGCCAUGCCGAGUCCAGCAGCCCCCUUCAGUGCGGUCCCCAGCCGCUUGCUGAGAUGGCACUGCUAGUGACGGCUAGAAAAGGUGUGUGUGCUGUUCCCAGAGAGAGACCCUGCUUGUCCUGGAUAUGCCACCAUACGGAAGCUAAAGACAAACCAUUUGUUGAUUUUUAGUCUGAUACUUUUCACGGGUUGAAUUAAAAACGGAAUAACUGAAGCUCCUGUAUUUACUAUCAGUUAUUCAAUCCUGACAAUGAGAGUUGUUUCCGAAUUAUGCUUAGUUCUUCAGGGUUAUUUCUUUUGAUGCAUAGAAAAAGAUUUACAGUUAAACUAAGUUUCCAUGACCCUGGGCAUCUCUUCAGUCCCAGCAAAGGCUCAGCCAUCCAAACCAACCAUACUCUAGCUGCUACCUCCGCGGUGCCUCGUCUUUGCAGUUGCUGGCCCUUGUUUAGAAUGAAUGCUGUUUUCUACUCACCCGGUGAGCACAUGAAAGAAGAAUCCUUUCUGUUUUGCAAUUUUGACAAGCUGUUGCUUUUUUAAAAAGAUUUCCAUCUUUUCAUCUGUCUUGAGAGAGCUGAUCCCCAAGAAGUAUUGAUAGGUCAAGGCUGGCCACCAACAGCUCCGACACUCCUCUGGAAGCCAGCUCGGACUCUCGCAGGCUCCUCCGGCCCUCGCUGGAGCUGCUGCCCCCUUCUCCACCCCCCAUUAGGUGUACCCGUGCCUGUUGCCAAGUCUGUGCUGCCUAGGGAUGCUCACUGAUUUGGCUUUUCUCCUGCAUGGUGAAUUUUCUUCAGCUCUAAGAGGGAAAGUGGAAUAAAUAUUCUAAGUAAUUUGAUGCACUUUUACUAUAUAAAACUUGCUGUGAUACACUAUAUAUAGCCCUUUAUAUGAGCAUUGGCUCUAGAUCUCUCAAUACUGUAAAUUAGGGGGUUGUAUUAUCUAAAACUACUGUAGAAAAUUCAUUUGUGGUGCAAUACACUUUUUGAUUAAAGCUUUGCAAUCCAGAUGCAA